AGCCAUUCUCAUCAUCCACUUAUCUCUCCCCAAGUUCAAGAGAUUUCCGAUUUCCCUUUUUUGGGAGGAAAAAGAAAAACUAAUUUAAAGGCAUUUUUUCCCUUUUACAAUGGCUACUAAGAUCAUUUUUCUGUCAAAUCGCCAAAAGAAAACAUUGCAUUCAGUGUGGCUCGUUUGUGUCAUGCUGUUGAUGCAUGAGGGAGGUGCUACUGAGUUUAAAAUUGGAGGCUCUAAGGGCUGGACUGUUCCAUCGGAGGAAGUCCACUACAAUCAAUGGGCAGAAAAUCAAAGGUUUCAAAUCGGAGACUCCCUGGUGUUCGUCUAUCCACCCGACCAAGACUCAGUGCUUCGUGUAACCCAGGAAAACUACAACAAUUGCAAUACUGAAGCUCCCAUCGAGAAAUUCUCCGAUGGCCAUACUGUCUACAACCUAAGUCAAUCUGGAUCUUUCUACUUCAUAAGUGGCAACAAAAACAACUGUAUCAAAAAUGAAAAGUUGGUAGUGGUUGUGUUGGCAGAUAGAAGCAACGCAACAGGCAUAGAAUCUCCUCCACCUCCAAACUCAACAGAGAUAACUCCAGCUCCCGCACCUGCCAGUGGAGAGUCUCCACCGCCACCGCCUGAAAGUGAACCAUCUCCUCCUCCCCCUUCUCCCAGUGGAGCUUCUUCGGUCUCGAUAAUCGGCUCUAUUAGUUCCCUUGGAGUGUUCAUUGCUGCAUCUCUUGUUCUACUAUUUUAAUCAUUGAUGCGUUUGUGUUUGCAUCAUUGAGUUUGAAUCUUUUUCUUUUUUUAAGUCGCCACUAAUUUUCGUACGGACCUUAUGCUCUGUGGUUUCAACUGGUUUCAAAGGUGGAAUGGCUUGUUACACAGUUGAGCAAUAAGCUGAUAUUGGCAUGCUAUUUAGUGUGCUCAUUUUUUUAUUUUUUAAAAAAAAAACAACUGUACUUAAGCAAAGAAAUAAAAUGGAUUUUUAUACUGUGUGCAGGUGAUGUUUAGUCCAA